AUGUAUAAUCGAUAUCAUGCGUUUGCUGACAACCAAUAUAACGUUUCAUUUUCUAACAAAAAGUCAUCUCAAACGGCAAAUUUUUGUGAAAAUUAUGAAUUACCUGAUGGUCAAAUCAUAACUAUUGGUAAUGAACGUUUUCGAUGUCCUGAAGCACUAUUUGCACCAGCUACCGUGGGUCGAGAAGAGCACGGCAUAGCUGAAAUGGUUUAUAGUACAAUUAUGAAAUGUGAUAUUGAUAUUCGAAAAGAAUUAUAUGCAAAUACCAUUCUUUCUGGAGGAACAACCAUGUUUCCAGGUAUUGCCGAUCGAAUGCAAAAGGAAAUAACAGCAUUAGCUCCAUCAGCAAUGAAAAUUCGAGUUGUUGCACCUCCGGAACGAAAGUAUGCAGUGUGGAUUGGUGGUUCAAUUCUUAGUUCAUUAUCAACGUUUCAAGCAAUGUGGAUUUCGAAACAAGAAUAUGAUGAAUCAGGCCCAUCGAUUGUACAUCGAAAAUGUUUUUGA